AUGGCUGCCUUUGGCAGAAAGAGCUUGGUCCUGGUUUCCCUGCUGGGGCUCCUGGCACUGCUCCUGUGCAGCUCAGAUGCCCAAACCAACCAGGAUUGCUGCCUGUCUUACACCAAAGUGCGCCUGCCGAGGUGGGCAAUAUUGGGUUACACGGAACAGCUCUCCAGUGAAGUCUGUGACAUCCAUGCCAUCAUAUUCCACACCCGCAGUGGACUGAAAGCCUGUGUAAAUCCCAAGGAAGGCUGGGUGAAGAAGCAUCUUCUUUUCCUAAGCCAUAAACUCAAGAAGAUGUCAGCAUGACAUGGUUUCCAUCAGGGAACUAGACACAGACGUGGCUGAAGAACCACUAGGUUCAACCUCUUGGUUGAGAUGAUAAUCUUGUACACUGUUGUGUGCUUACUCACUGCUGUCUCUGGCUUCUUUGGAACCGUUGACCUUCUUGUGUUGAUUCAUAUUGCAUCACUGGUUUGCUUGUAUUAAGCAUUUUGUUGAAAUUUCUAUUUUUAUUAACAUGCUUAUGUUAAUAAAAUGACACAAGGGUAAGGAGUGCUGUAAGCUGUUGUACAGAGUAUAAAUUGUAGUAGCUUUAUUGCUUGCUUUUUUUUUUUCAGCAUGUGUAAAGCAGGUUAUUUAUUGGGUAUAUUUUGUUAUCUCUUUGGUAUGGUCUUGUGCCAAAAGGUUUUGACUGUAGUCAGCAUUACAGUACCUCUUGAAUUAUUGUUAAAGUCUGCUUGUAGAAAAAAUGAAAAUUGGACUU